UGAUUUUCUCAACUAUAAUUAAUACUUUGAAUUUUGUAAUUUAAAUAAUGGUGAUUACACAAGUAAUUUUUCAUUAUUUAUUUAAUUAAAUUCUAUAUUUAUUUCUUAAUUUUCCCAUUUUUAUUACUCACAUCAACCUCCCCCUUUUUUUUUUUUUUUUCUUACAAGAACCCUAAUUUUCUCAGUUGAUCUUUUGAAGAAGGGGUAAAAUUUAAACCCUAAUUUUCAGAUUUAAGGUUCUUUAGCAAUUUGUUCACUAAAUUCGAUUCUUCUUAUUUUGUUAAAGAUCUAAUCGCUGCUGAAAUUCUUUCUUAAUUAAUUUUUUGUUGAUUUUUUUUAGAGGUUGAAAAUUUUCAACUUCACGAAGUUUCCUGAAAUUAGGGUUUUAGAAUUUAGGCGUUUUUUUAGGGUUUAAGUAAAAAGAAAUAACCGUCAAUGGAGGAAAACGAAGGGUUAACUGGCGUUGGUGUAACAGUGAGAGGCGAAGAAGUUCCUCAGAGCUUCCGAGUGCAGCCGAGAGCUGAGAAUUCCGGCGGCGGCGGCGCCGUCGGUAGCUCAAUUAGUUCUGAGAUUCAGAAGCAGAAGAAGAAGCGGGGAAGGCCUCGGAAGUAUGCCGGCGACGGCGCUAUUGUGGCAUUGUCUCCUUCGCCGAUAUCGUCGUCGAUUCCGUUCGCGACGACGGACUUCCCGUCGUGGAAGCAGACCUCCGGCCGGCCGGCGGAUCAGCCGUUGAAGAAGAAGCAUAAAUUGGAGUUCGGUAAAGGGAGAUCCAUGGCCAACAGCGGCGGAAGUUUCAUACCUCACUUGAUUACCAUCAAUGCCGGCGAGGACAUCAUGAUGAAGAUUGUAUCAUUCUCUCAGCAAGAAUCGAGAGCCAUCUGCGUUCUAGCCGCAAACGGUUCUGUCUCUAACGUUACACUGCGUCAGCCUAAUUCUUCUGGCGGUACUCUAACCUACGAGGGUCGGUUCGAAAUCCUCUCUCUGAGAGGCUCAUUUAUGCCCAACAAUAAUGCGACGGCGAAAAGCAGAUCAGGUGGGAUGAGCGUCUCCCUGGCAGGUCCCGACGGACGUGUUUUGGGUGGAGGUUUAUCCGGCAUGCUUCUAGCAGCCGGUCCCGUUCAGGUAGUGAUCGGAAGCUUCCUUCCGGGAAGCGAAAUUGAGCCAAAGACUAAGAAACCAAAAUUUGACCCGGCGACAACAUUUGCACAAUCUCCCGUCGCUCCUCUACCGAUUCCGACCACGACCCCUGCGCCAUUCUUGGCUGCCGUAAACUCAAACCACGGUCUGCUCAAGACAGCAGACACCGAAAAUUCGAACCACGACAUAAAGUGCUGAUCAUAUGUUCUUCUUACAUGUUGUAUUUCAUUUUUGUAUUUACGCCCGGUGUUCUUUAUUACAGAGAAAUUUAGCAUGCGGCUGGCUCGCCUGCCCGACGUCUAUUUAUGAUGUAUUCAGGUACUAGAUUACCACAUUCUGCUCGAUUUUCAUCUGUUUUUGCUGUCUUCCUAUGUUGUGUUAACUCGAUUAUUACAGUACUCGAACUACACGGAGACUUGACUUGACUUGAUUGUGUCCGUUCGUUUUUGGUGUAAUUUCUCGAACUAGAACUAGUGUAGUGCCCGUGCAUUGCGAUUAUUUGCUUUACUUAGUUGUCGAUUUUCCGGGGCUGAUCUGUGUGUUUGUGUUUGGGUAAAACAACGUUGUAACUGUGGUCCUGAAGGCGUCCAUUCUUACUGAUUUAUGAAGCUGAGGAAUGGAAUAACUGUUGUCUGAUAUUUAUUAAUACAUUUACGGAUUGCACAUUGAUUA